CACCACCAUUUGUUUUGGGGAAAAUAAUCAGUCCAAGUCCUAAGUAUAAGUGUUUUGUAUACGAUUUCAAUAACACGUGCAAUAACUGUCAGUCACAGGCGCUGUGCGGACAGACGGACACGUAUUAGGUAAUCUGUGUAGUGUAAGCAUGUAUUUGAAGAUAUUCGUGGUUUUAGUGCAAUUUCUUUGUGUUAACUUUGCUAAGGAUUUGAGGAUUAAACCAGACCGCUACAUAAUAACCUGUCAUACAACAGACUUUGAAUGCUUCAAACGCCAGUACCUAGGUCUCCGAGACCACGUGCUCCUAGGAAACGAGAAACUAGGUAUAGGGACCUACGAGCACUUCCGGUAUAAAUAUGGCGAUAGCGGAACUUGCAUCAAACUUUCUGGUAUUGAAGAGAGCGAGCUGGUGGCUAUCAGCAUGGACAGUCGUCAUAAGGAGUACUCUAUUAUUAUUGAAAUGCCGCUAAGAAUUGUUCAAGUCAACAACGAAAGCAUGCCAUGCACCAAGCCGAACAAAGCGUUCGAGGGUGUGGGGGCACAUAGCGGUCCACUAAGAAGAUUCUCAGGAAAUGCUACCGUCCAAAUAACGUAUCCAUAUACUUUACCCAAGAAAAAAGGUGAGGUGCAUAUGAACUUAAGCAACGAAAAUAUAGACGUCAUAUUGGACAUACCGGACUUGAGCCAUUUCAACAAGAACAGCAAGUUAGAAUCAAGACUGUACGAGUGGUCGGAGUGGGCGUACCACGUGGUGCAGCACACAGACGUCGCCCAAAAAGUGGUGAUGCCAUUCACCACCAAUCUGUGCACUGUUAUGGACCGGCUGCCCUUACACAGGUUUAUCCUGCUGUAUCCUGAAGAAGAAUACUCAAGUUUGCAAUUCAUGUACACAGGAAAAACAGUAGCCGACUGAAUUCCUCCUGGUUUGUUACUGUAAUAUUAUAUUUUUUAAAUAUACAUUAUAUUUUUAAUUUCACUGUACAUCGAAACUCGG